CUAAAAAACUAUACAGAGCUACAGUGGCUGGUCAUGGACUGCGUGUGUGGGUUUUUUAGCUGUUUUAAUAGCUACUACAUGUAAGGACUGCUCAUUUGAAUGUAAACGUUUACUACGUUGUUUUUACUGAUAGCGAAAGCACUUAUUUCCUCCUCGGCUAUGUAGCCAGGGAGGCAGUCGGCAAUCGGGACGCGUCACUAACUUCCGACAAAAACAUUGGAAACGUUGUGGUUAAGGUCUCGAAAACAGUCCGUCAGGUUUCAGCAGCAAAGCUGGACUGACAGCUCGCUCUGAAAGUACCCAGAGCACUCUGUGAAGUUGUGAAGCUUGUGCAGAGGCAGCUUUCACUAUGACAGAGCGGACUCCUCUUCUCCACUACCGCCUCUCCACCAGCGUCAAUGAAUCCGAGCCGCGGCCACCUCCGGCCGGGCACGCCCCGGAGCAGCACCCGGGCAGCCCCAGGCAGAGGUCUACCCAGCAGCGGCAACCCAAGAAACUCUCCAUCUUCUUCGGUGUGGUCAUCCCCACCUUGCUGUCAAUGUUCAGCGUGGUAGUGUUCCUCAGAAUAGGCUUCGUGGUGGGACAGUCCGGACUUUACCAAGCUAUUGCCAUGUUCCUGGUGGCCUACUUCAUCAUCUGCAUGACCGUGCUGUCCGUCUGUGCCAUCUCCACCAAUGGAGCCCUGGAUGCCGGGGGAGCCUAUUACAUGAUAAGUCGAGCGUUGGGGCCCGAAUUUGGUGGCAGCAUCGGCAUCAUGUUCUUCUUUGCCAAUGUGUGUGGCUGCGCUCUCUUUGUGCUGGGUCUGGUUGAAGCUAUUGUGGCCACCUUUGGAGUGCCAGAAGAUGGGACUGCUGCCACCUCUGCCCACCAGGUCCUGCCGUCAGGCUACUGGUGGUCUCUUCUUUAUGGCACAGGCGUCGCCUUGCUGUGCCUGCUGGUCUGUCUGGUGGGCGCCCACAUCUACGCAAAGGCCACCUUCCUCAUCUUCCUGGUGGUCAUGUUUGUCCUGGGCACCAUCUUCGUCAGCUUCUUUGCCGUACCCGCUCGUACCGUCGUCCUGCCCAGUAGCGCCAACCCGACAGCCAACGGAACGGGCCCGGUGUUUCCCACCACAGCCAACUUCACCGGCUUCAAGUUGGACACGCUGCUCGGGAACCUGUGGGCUGACUACACCGUGGAUUACACAACCGGAACUAUGAUGACCUUUGCCACUGUUUUCGCUGUUAUGUUUAAUGGCUGCACCGGCAUCAUGGCUGGUUCCAACAUGUCAGGUGAACUGAAGAAUCCCAGCUAUUCCAUCCCCCGUGGCACCAUCACGGCCGUCAUCUUCACCUUCAUCAUCUACAAUCUGCUUUGCGUACUGGUGGCCUGCUCAUGUGACCGUGUCCUGCUUCAGAGGGAUUACAGUUUCCUAAGAGACAUCAACAUCUGGCACCCCUUUGUCACCAUCGGGGUUUAUUCCUCCACUCUAUCCGCUGCCAUGAGCAACCUCAUCGGAGCCUCACGCAUCCUCUACGCCCUGGCAAGGGACGACUUGUUUGGUAAGGUGCUAUCUCCGGCAAAGAAGACGUCCCACAGUGGUAACCCCUGGGUCUCAGUGCUCAUCUCCUGGUUCCUUGUGCAGCUGGUGCUGUUUUCUGGGAAACUCAACACCAUCGCCAGUAUUGUAACCAUUUUCUUCCUGUUGGUGUAUGCUGCUGUGGACCUGGCCUGCCUAGCUCUGGAAUGGGCCUCUGCACCUAAUUUCAGGCCCACCUUUCGUUACUUCACCUGGCAUACGUGCGUGUUGGGCAUCGUGGGUUGCGCCGUCAUGAUGUUCCUGAUCAACGCCAUCUACGCCUCGGCCAGCAUUGCCUUCAUGCUGCUGCUGCUUCUGCUGAUUCACUACCUCAGUCCCACCUCCAGCUGGGGCUACAUCAGCCAGGCUCUUAUUUUCCACCAGGUGCGUAAGUACCUGCUGAUGCUGGACGUGAGGAAGGACCACGUCAAGUUCUGGAGGCCUCAAGUCCUGCUGAUGGUUUCCAACCCUCGCAGCAGUGUGGGCCUCAUCACCUUCAUCAACGACAUCAAGAAGAGCGGCCUCUACGUGCUGGGACACGUCCAGCUAGGAGAUCUCAACACCUUACCGUCCGACCCUCUGCAGUCCCAAUACGACUCCUGGUUGUCCCUAGUGGACCACCUGAACAUCAAAGCUUUUGUCAACUUGACGUUGGCUGAUUCUGUGCGUCAUGGGAUCCAACAUCUCCUCUUCAUCUCUGGACUAGGUGGGAUGCGUCCUAACACCCUUGUCCUCGGUUUCUAUGACGACUGUCUCCCAAAGGACAAGCUGAUUGAUCCGUCGCUGUCUACCAUCCAGUGCACCGAUCCCUUGGGCCCCUUGCAGGAGCUUGAGCAGCAGCCCCCCCUUUUCCACUUUGCCUCCCUGCGGGGGUCCAGCGACAGACAAGAUUAUGGUGAAUUUGGAGACGGGAAGGUUCUAGGACCCCAGGAGUAUGUAGCGAUCAUUGCCGACGCCAUGAAGAUGCUGAAGAACGUGGCGCUUGCCCGAUACUUUAACAACUUUGACCGAGCCCAGGUCCUCUCCCCGCCCUCCUCCUCUCCAGGGAAGGGAGCUGUGUACGUUGACGUCUGGCCGGUGAACCUCCUGCGUCCCGACAGCAGUAGCUACGUCGAUACCUGCUCUCUGUUCCUGCUGCAGCUAGCGUGUAUCCUGAACAUGGUGAGAGCCUGGCGCAAAGCUACGCUCCGUCUCUUCCUGUGCGUGGAGCAGGGACGAAGCGUGAGAGGCUCGGAGGAGAAGCUGGGCCAGCUGUUGAAAGAGUUGAGAAUUAAAGCUCAGGUCUAUCCCGUGCCCUGGGACCAGCAGGUGGCGCUACACUGGCAGCGCCAAGGCGAUUGGGGCAAGAAGCAGCAGUCGCAGUUCCCUGAUACCACUGAAGAAGAGAAGAAGCAGAAAGCAGAAAUGGAAGAGGAGAACGAAGACGAUUACGUUAAUAGCUUCCCGAGCAACGCCACUCGCCUGUCCGAUGACUACCUGUCAGCUGUCAAUAAGCUGAUCCUUGACACGGCCCAGCCCGCCCCUGCUGUGCGUUUCCUGUACUUGCCUCGCCCCCCAGCUGACACUAGCCGCUACACCACCUACUUACACCAGCUGGAGCUAUUGACCCAAGACCUGGGCCCCACACUGCUCAUCCACGGCGUCACGCCUGUCAUCACCACUGACCUUUGAACGAUACCCCUCCCUCAGGUGCUGAGGGCUGGUGAGUUGAGCAGUGUCCCCACCAGCUGCUGAUGUUCUCUCUGAAGGUGUGUUGACCACUUUUAGUGCAGCAUCACUGCAGAGCUCCGCAGUGCCCCUGUACUGACCUCUCCACCCAACGACAGACUGGGGAAAAGUAAACUGCCUUGAAAUUUGACCCAGACAGGGACGCCACUGCUGACUCAUUGAUACCAUCUGCACUGCCUCGCAAAAUUACCGUAGAACACACAGUCUCUAGAGAUACAGCCUAUUUUUAGAAUAUUUAAAAUGAGGACUGGAUGAUAUACUUUGAUUCCAAAAAUCCUGACUGUCUACAUGUUUAACCCUACUUUAUUUUUAAUGUUUUUUCCACUUGUAGUUCUGGUACUCCCAUCAAGCUUCUGAAGGCGCAGUGAUGUUAAUCUUUUAGAUCAACCUUGUUGCAAUUUAAGCAAUCAGAAACAAUCAGACUGUGAUUAAACAAACCAAAGUGAACUAAUGUACAACCUGCCAAGCAGGAGAGUUAAAAGCAGUAUAAAGUAGAAUAGGAUAUUAUUUUUUAAUCCAUUUGCACCCAUGUUACAAUGCUCAUCAAUGGUCAGAAAGCUGACAGACCCACAGGGGAUCAUUCAUAUUGCCAGCCCACCUCCAUCACUCACCAGCUACUUCUUCAUCCACACAGUAGAGAGAGUGCUCUAAUUCCUGAUACAUUCUAACCUGAAUUGGCAGUGUUCCCUGACUCCCCUUUCGUGAAAUGCUUUCUUGGUGUGCUGCUGCUCAGAUUCCUUAAAAUGAUCAUUCCAUAUGCCUUCAGAUCAAAAAGUGCCUUGCCUGUUAGGGAGCAAAAGUUUGGACUCAUUCCAUCACGGACAGAAAGUUGGACUGCGUUACACCUUGAGCAGUCAUUUGCAGGAAAUCUGCUUUUCCAUUUUAGCAGCUUAAACAAAGGAAAUAGUUUAACACAAACGUCUACGGUGCUACUAUGGAAGUCUUCAAAGUUUUAUUCCAAAAAUGAUUUUAUGUGGGAUCUCAGGAAGACAUUCCUCCUUUUUUCCAAAUGCACUUUUGUUCUUCCUCUGCCAAACUGCAUGUUGUGCAGCUCCUUAAACAUGUUUACAGCGCCAAUACCUACUGUGAUUACCCACCACAUUUUAUUGAUUGUUUUUAUGUAUUUUAGGUACUCUGUAACUUUUAGAAUUGUUUUUACUCACUAGUGACCAAAUUGCUUGACCGACUCAACACUGAUGUGCCUACAGUAAAUUAAUUUUAAUAUUAGCUCAACUCUACAGCCUCAGCUUUUACUUUAAGUAUUUGUAAUGUUUAAAGUGAACUUUCGCUGAACAGUGGCCACAAAUGGCAUUUACUGGAAACUGGUAAAUACUAAAACAUAGUGUACCAGUAGCACAAGAACAGACAGACGCACAGCGAUAUCUAUUUAAGGAAAGUUUGCUAACAUUAGCCUCAGUGAGCUGCUGUGAGGCUGUAACAGCAAAACCCCUGAGUGUACUGACUUUAGAAAGGUACUUUUUAUUGCUUAUACAUUCAACUUGUCAUUUGUAAGAGAGGAAUGUGAUAUUUCUUCCAUCAAAAGUUACAUAAGCAUCACCGUAUUACAGUGUCGUACUUCCAUUCCCUGACAUAUCAAUAAUGCAAUCUGUAUGCUCUAAAAUCAGUGUGAGUUGCAGGUUUAUUGUAAAAGAAAUAAUCUAAAGGGUUGGCAUCCUUGAAGUUUGAGUCUCUGAAGUCUGCACAAAUAGAUUCUUUCAGUUUAAAAGAUUUGUCCUGACAAUCUUCAUCACACUGACUUUGACACAAAUGUGAGGUUCAGAUCCAUAUUUGAAGACAGACUGGUACUUGGAUUUGGACUAAUCUCGAUCUCCCUGUGUUUGAAAUGAGAGAUAUGUUUACUUGUAGACCAACUGGAUCCUAUUUCCACAGGUGGGUUCUUGUUUGGACACUACAUUCCUCAACAAACCAUUGUCACUACAUUACUUCAAAUCUUUGGCUCAUGAACUCACAGGAGUGCAAAAAAACAGCCAGCACCUGCAGGACACACUGGUUUACUGCAGAGAUGAAAUGUUCAGUGUUUGAUUUUCUGUUGAAAUCUGAAAAUAUAUAUGUAUACUUUACAAGAUGUAAACUGAAAUGACAUAAAAAAGAAAAGUGGUAUUACGUGUCUUUCCUUUUUUGUUUUGUUUUUUUACUUCCUCGGGAGAUUGUUUUCGAAAGCCAGAUCAAACUUAACAACCCCUCAGAGCGUCCUGACUUUGUUUCAUUUCAGCUGAAGACCAGUUUGUGCGUCUCAGAGCUCAGAGCUGAGGGGUUUUUGCGUCCGCUGCACUUGUUUGUUUGAGGUAAACUUUAGAAAUAGAGGCUGAGAUAGCUCAGCAGCUCAGACAGAGAGAUACUGGAGGGUGCCAGCCAGCCAAAUUACCUUGUCCUACAGUCACCCUCGCCGCCAACCAGGCAGAAAUGGAUUCCAUCUCCGCUCUGAGGUGAACAACAGAUUGGAGAAAUAAGCCCAAAUAACCAUCGAUAUCUGUUCAGGAGGAGGGAGGCUGACAUUUAUCACUGAGGGAAGGACCCCGGCUCUGAGAGGAUUUGGUGUGUGUGUGCGGUGUGCGUGCCUGUGUGCAACAAGAUAGAUUCAGGUUUUCUUUAUAUGUUCGUGUGAGGUUAAUAAAAUACUUCCAUGAAGAGAAAUGAGUCUAAAUACUGGUGACAAAUGCAUACACACCAACUGUGCACAAGUGAUGGUGUUCACAGACAUAUAGCAACCAGUUUAAACAAAAAACUGUUUUACAAAAAAAUACAACCCACCUUGAAUAAAUGAUUCUGCAUAUAUAGUCCUGUUCAUUCAUCUCAACAUUUGCUUCCUGUACAUAUAAAUAAUCUCAUUGAAA